CAUUUCAGUCGACACCAGCAUGGCCUGCAGUAUGAUUUUGGCUGCUCUUCUUGCAGUUUUUACUAUUUCUUCGUAUAUUAAUGAAUCUUAUUCAUCAAUAAACAAUCAGAAAAUUUUCAAUCUUCAUACAAAACAAAAUGUAUUAAGAAGACUGGAGAAGAGAGAAGCAGAAUUGGAAGGUACAGGUGAACCUACUAGUCCUCUACCUACUGCCGAUAGUGAAGUCCCUUUAGAUCCGUCAGAUAUGGGAACAGUCCGCAACAGAACGAGAAAAGGACAUGAAAGAAGGAGAGAUGGGCAAAGACGAGACCAUCAUCCUUCAAACGGAAGAGGUUGCCAUGGGAAAAUAGAAAGACGAACUACUAAGAAACCAAUAUCAAACGAAUCUCCUAAAGCUGACUUUAAAAGAGUGUAUAAUAACGGUGAGGGUGUUCACCUUUAUGAUGCUGACUACCUUAGUCUAGACUCACAUCACGCUGAAAGUCAUGAACGACGAAACAGGAGGAGAGGUUUUAAGUGUCAAGGUAAGGAAACGACCGAUGAAAGAGAAGGAGAAGAAGAAUUUCCUCAGAAGGACGAGUAAUCAAUACGAUGAGAACACAAUCAAAGCCGUUACGGUUUUGAUAGCGUUUCUACAACCUAUAUCCGUCACAGUUUUAUGUUAUGCUAUAAUUGUUAUGUAUUUCUCAAUUUAUGUAAGUGUUUAUGUUUAAUGUUGAACACGAAUUAAUGACAUGAUCAUAUUUGUCAAAAUAUACUGCGGCAUAAAUUUGUUACAUUUCCAUCACAAUUUAAUAAACAAAUUCUAUUAGUUUUA